GGCCUGUGGCUCCUGGAGGGAUGCUGUGAAAGCAAAAUGCUCUCUCGGGCUUGCCUUGCUCAUUUCCCACCACAGGCAGUUUUUUCCUAACAACAUCUGGUUCACGUUCCCUCUCCCGUUGCAGGGCACCUCACGCGUGGAUCCCCAGCAGCUCCUCCUUCGGGCACCAAAGCAGCAUCAGCACCUCCUCUGGCUCCCUCUGCUUGCAAAGAGGAGGCCAAAGAGGAGGAAGAGAGCAGUGAACUUCCCGCUGUUCUGGGAGACGAGGGCGAACACUCCGCGGUUUGGGAAUACAACGGCGAGGCUCCCGCGGUGUGUGACAAGGACAGUGGACAUCUCCCGGUGGGGGACGAGGACGGUGGAUGUCCCCUGGUGUGGGAUGAGCAUGGCCAAGCUCCCAUGGCAUGGGACGAGGAUGACGGCAAUCUCCCGGUGUGGGAUGAGGACAGAGAACGUCCUGUGGCUUGGGAAGAGGAGGGUGAACCAGCAGCAUUUUGGGAAGAGGAUGAGGAACCUGCACUGCUUUGGGAAGAGGAUGAGGAACCUCCCUCUGCUCCUGAAGAGGACACCGAAGCUCCCUGUGCUGCAGGAUCCUGGGCUGAACAUUCUGACAGCAGCACAGCCCUGCAGCCAGAGGGGAGCGGGGAGUGGAGCCUGAUGCAGCUGAGUACGUCUGCUCUGUUCCUGUGUGCCAGAGCAGGGUGCUGUGUGUGUGUCUCAGCAUCAGCUGCACCCAGGGUUGCUCUGCAGCUAAAUGGCACAGGGUCAUUUAUUGUC